CGCUGGGUGUCAUGAGUGACUUGCUAAGCCUCAGCCACAGGUGUUAUUAAGUUCUUUACCGUUGCUUACGAAGCGUUGUGUUUCCGUUUGCCCCGCACUUCCUGUGCUCCGCUCCGCGCCCUACGUGUUGAGCCUCACAACCUCGAGACUAUAAAAUCAGCAGAAGUCCCAAUAAAUCCAUCGUCAACUACUGACCAGUACCAUCCAGUCAGUAUGGCACCCCAAACACCUAAGAAAAUCCUCAUCUUUGGUGCGACUGGUGUAAUUGGGAAGUACAUUAUCCAGGAGAUAGUCAACGCGAAGUCAUCAUUCGACAAGAUCGGUCUGUUCACAUCACCUGAGACUGCAAAAAAUAAGCCAGAUGAGAUCAAUGGCUGGAGAGAGAAGGGCGUUAAUAUCAAUGUGGGAGAUGUGAACUCCGAGGUGGACAUCAAGAAAGCGUACGAAGGAUAUGACACCGUCGUCUCAGCACUCGGUCGCAACGCCAUCCUGACUCAGAUCCCUCUUCUCAAGCUCGCCGAAGCCUCGUCUUCCAUCCGGGACUUCUACCCCUCCGAGUACGGCACAGACAUUGAAUACGGUCCCAAAUCUUCCAACGAAAAGCCUCAUCAGUUGAAGCUGCAAGUACGCAAAUACAUCCGCGAGAACGUCAAGAAGCUCAAAAUCACGUACCUCGUCACGGGACCGUACUCGGACCUGUUCAUUGCGCCGAACAAGGACCCGCGCAUUGGUUCAUUCGAUCCUAAGGGCAAGAAGGCAACACUUCUGGGCACCGGAGAGGAGAAGGUCAGUUUCACGACGAUGCGCGACGUCGGUCGGUUGCUUGUUGCUGCCCUCAAGACACCAUCCGAUUCGUCACAAAGGAUCCUGAGGGUUAAUUCUUUCACGGUAACGGGCAAGGAGUCGGUUGGCGAGUUUGAGAAACAGACCGGCUCGAAGUGGGAGGUUUGGUACACCCCGUUGGAAGAAUUGAGCAAGUUGGAGGAGCAGGCUUGGGAAGAGGAUUGGCCUUCGAAGACACCGCUUACGCUACGACGUAUCUGGACCGAGGGCGGGACGUUGUAUGAGAGCAGGGAUAACGGCAAAAUCUACUUUGAUGAUGGGUUGGAGACCCUAGAGGAUCAGGUUAGGAACACCAUUGCAAAGCACGGCUAGCUGUUGCAGCUAGAUAGUCGCAUGGCAGAAAAGCAUAUACGUUUAACGGACCGUGACAAAAUCAUCUGAAUCUAGCG